CCUUCCUCCCCGCCCUCUCUCCCUUUCUGCCUAACCCAAUCGUGUCUCUCCUUCAGGGCCAGACAGCUCCCCAGCUGAUCUCAUACAAACACCCCAGAACUCCAGCAGCUCCAGGAGUCCAAACGCCAGCAGUGGACCAAGGCCCCACAGCUGCCUGCAGUCAUGUUGGCCCUCAGCCUGUUCAUACUGGGUCUGCUCUCCACAGUGACACCUGCCAGCUGUCAACAAGGUCUGGGGAACCUUCAACCCUGGAUGCAGGGCCUUAUUGCUGUAGCCGUGUUCCUGGUCCUUGUUGCAAUUGCCUUCGCUGUCAACCACUUCUGGUGCCAGGAUAAGCCGGAGCCUGGGAGCAUGGUUAUGAUCGUUGGAAACAAGACAGAUGGGGUCCUGGUGGGAAUGGAUGGCAGAUACUCCUCAAUGGCAGCCGGCUUUAGGUCCAGUGAGCACAAGAAUGCCUUCGAGAAUGUUCUGGAGGAAGAGGGCAGGGUCCGCAGCACACCCAUGUGACAAGCUCAUCCAUGGCCCCAGUCCCCAGGCCAGAGGGCACAUGGAAUUGAUGCCUACCACAUCACAAAGUCACUGCUCUGCAGGAAUCUACUGAAGCAAGCUGACCCUCUCCACUCUCUUGAACCACAGCCAUCUCAGGCUAGGACUCAGACUGAGCUGAACACAGGAUGUGCUGUGGCCCUGGGGUCUUUUAUCCAUUUCUGAGGAGCCCUGAAAAGAGAUGCCCAGCUCAGCCCCUCCCCUUUCAUCUUCCUCUUCCUGCAGCCAUGGAAGUGGCCCUUAUUUCUGUGAAAUAAAGACUUUUUAUACUUCUGGG